CAACCCCAACCCCAACUCCCGUCACCGCUCGCGCCGACAGCUCCAUCGCCUGCUUGUUGCCGUCGCGCCUGCAGGCAAUGAGAUCUUCAUCAUAAUCCAACAACUCGACAACGGCCGUCGGAAGCUUUAACCCCACCUCGCCACGCCGGCUCGUCACCAUCACUCACAUCCAACAUGGCGGACAAGAAGGAGAACAACUUGGCGCAGUUCAAAUAUGCGGCCAUGUCUAACCUCGUCCUCCAGGCCGAUAGACGUUUCGUGUCGCGCCGUGGAGAUGACGCGACAGGCGAUCCUGAAUCGCUGGCUGGCCGUUUGAACAUUCGCGACAUGGGCUCGAGGACUGCGCGCGAGACUGCGCCAGUACAGAAGAAGAAGCCGAAGGGACCUGCGGAUCUCGAGCGUGGCAGUAUUCACGAGGGAGAGGACGUAUUAGAGCGGGAGCAGAAGAAGAGGAAGCGUGGCGAGCCUACCCAGCUGCGUGGAACGGGCAUCCUGUCGCAAGCGGACCUACUUGUGGAAGACCUAAGGUAUCGGCCGAGGACUCCCGCGACGCGCGCUACCUAUGAACUCAUCACGACGAUAGUCGGCCGACACCUUGGCGACGUCCCCAACCACGUAACACGAAGCGCAGCAGAUGCAGUAUUGGAAUACCUGAAGGAUGAGAAUCUUAAGGAUUUUGAUAGGAAGAAGGAGGUGGAUGACAUUCUCGGUGUGACGAUGGGCGCGAAGGAAUUCAAUGAGCUCGUCAAUCUGGGCAAAAAAAUUACCGACUACGACACCCAAGACGAUGAGGAAAUGGAGGACGCAGCGGAAGGUGCUGCAGGCGCCGAGCUAGACGAGCGGCAGGGUGUUGCCGUCGUGUUCGAUGAGGAUGAUGAAGAUGAGGAUGCGGCUCAGACUUUUGAGGUCCGAGACGAGGAUGAUACUUCAGAUGAAGAAGGCGACGACUUUGCUGAGCGGGAGGGUGCCGAGGAGGCUACGGCUGCUGGCGGCGGGGCCCUACCUGAGCAAGACGGCGACAAGCUGGAUGAGGAUGGGGAAAUGAUUAUUGAUUCUGGACUGGACGGCUCUGCGGCGGCAGCGAAGAAAGGUGAAGAGAAGACUAUUCCAGCACACGAGAUUGAUGCCUUCUGGUUGCAGCGUCAAAUUGGACGCAUCUAUGAGGACGCCCACAUCCAACAGGAAAAAACUCAGGAAGCCCUGCGGAUUCUUUCUGGCGAGUCUGAAGACGAAGAGGAGAAGCCAUUGCGCGAGAUUGAGAACGAUCUUAUGGAGCUCUUUGACUAUGAGCACCACGAACUAGUAGCCAAGCUGGUUCUCAAUCGAGACAAGGUGGUCUGGGUCACAAGAUGGCGGAGAGUUGAAGACGACGCGACUGCCAGGACAGCUGUCGAAAGGGAAAUGAUCGCUUCUGGUCAUCGAAGCAUCUUGAAUGAGCUCAGGACGAGAGAAGAGGCUCCCGCCGAGGCUCCCGCAGCGAAAAAGAUGAAGGUGGAUCUUAUGGAUAUCGAUGUGCCUUCCGCAAAGGACACCGGUGCGACUGAUGGUGCAAAGGAGGGUGGCUUAGUUGGAGGCCUACAACCAAAACGCCUCAUUAACUUGGAAAAUCUCGUCUUCGAUCAGGGCAACCAUCUUAUGACCAACCCUAACGUCAAGCUUCCCCAGGGUUCCACGAAACGGACUUUCAAGGGAUAUGAGGAAAUUCAUGUUCCAGCACCUAAGCCAAAGAGAGACCCCAACGAUCCUCCGGAUAUGCCUGUUACCGAAAUGCCCGAAUGGGCUAGGGUAGGGUUCGGCACGUCUAAGAACCUUAACCGCAUUCAAACUCGCUGUUUCCCCACAGCCUUCAACGAUGAUGGUAACAUGCUCAUCUGCGCACCCACUGGUUCCGGCAAGACAAACGUUGCGAUGUUGACGAUGCUUCGGGAGAUUGGCAAGCACAGGAACCCAGAGACUGGCGAAAUCAACUUGGACGAGUUUAAGAUAAUUUAUAUCGCUCCGCUCAAGGCCCUGGUGCAGGAACAAGUCGGAAACUUUGGCAAGAGACUUGAGCCAUAUGGCAUCCGGGUUUCCGAACUUACUGGAGACCGCCAGCUCACCAAACAGCAGAUUGCCGAUACCCAGGUCAUCGUGACUACCCCUGAAAAGUGGGACGUCAUCACGCGCAAGGCUACGGAUACCAGCUACACCAACCUUGUUCGCCUGAUCUGCAUUGACGAAAUCCAUCUGCUCCACGACGACCGAGGCCCCGUCCUAGAGAGCAUCGUGAGUAGGACAAUUCGCCGUAUGGAGCAAACGGGUGACCCAGUCCGCAUCAUCGGCCUCAGCGCUACGCUUCCAAAUUACCGCGAUGUUGCUAGCUUUUUGCGCGUCGACCCGAUCACGGGACUGUUCCAUUUCGAUGGGACGUUCAGGCCUUGUCCGCUCAAGCAGGAGUUCAUCGGAGUCACCGACAAGAAAGCCAUUAAACAGCUGAAGGCCAUGAAUGAUGUUUGCUAUACCAAGGUCUUGGAGCAGGUUGGUCAGCACGACAACCAAAUGCUGAUUUUCGUUCAUUCACGGAAAGAAACGGCGAAGACUGCCAAGUACAUCCGUGACAAGGCGCUAGAGCUCGAGACUAUUGGCCAAAUCUUGCGGAGUGACGCCGCCAGCCGAGAGAUUCUUCGCAGCGAAGCUGACGGUGUUACAAACGCCGAACUCAAGGAUGUAAUGCCCUACGGUUUCGGCAUCCACCACGCCGGUAUGAGCCGUGCAGACCGUACUUCCGUCGAGGACCUCUUCGCCGAUGGCUCUCUUCGAGUCCUAGUCUGUACUGCCACGUUGGCCUGGGGUGUUAACCUUCCCGCUCACACUGUCAUCAUCAAAGGUACUCAGAUUUACUCUCCCGAAAAGGGUAGCUGGGUCGAGCUUAGCCCUCAAGACGUUCUCCAAAUGCUUGGCCGCGCAGGUCGUCCCCAGUACGACACAUAUGGCGAGGGUAUCAUCAUUACCACUCAAUCAGAGAUGCAGUAUUACCUCUCUCUCAUGAACCAGCAACUCCCCAUUGAAUCGCAGUUUAUGAGCAGGCUCGCAGACAACCUGAAUGCUGAAAUCGUUCUUGGAAAUGUCCGCAGUCGCGAUGAGGGUGUGGAAUGGCUUGGCUACACGUAUCUGUACGUCCGUAUGUUGCGUUCUCCUGGCCUCUACAGCGUCGGGGCCGAGUAUGAAGAGGACGAGGCUUUGGAACAGAAGCGCGUCGACCUCAUUCACUCAGCCGCCACAGUCUUGGAGAGAUCGAACCUCGUCAAGUACGACAAGAAGAUCGGCAAGCUGCAGGCUACUGAGCUCGGUCGUGUUGCCUCGCACUACUACAUUACCCACAACUCUAUGCUCACGUACAACACACAUAUCCAGCCAUCCAUUUCCACCAUCGAACUUUUCCGCGUCUUCGCUCUCAGCGAUGAGUUCAAGUACAUCCCUGUCCGCCAGGAUGAAAAGCUCGAGCUUGCGAAAUUGCUCGGUCGUGUCCCUAUCCCUGUCAAGGAAAGCAUCGAAGAGCCCCAUGCGAAGAUUAAUGUUCUCUUGCAGGCAUACAUUUCUCGUCUCAAGCUUGAGGGUUUGGCUCUUAUGGCUGAUCUUGUGUAUGUCACUCAGUCUGCUGGUCGUAUCCUCAGGGCGAUCUUUGAGAUUGCUUUGAAAAAGGGCUGGGCUUCGGUUGCCAAGACAGCACUGGACUUGUGUAAGAUGGCUGAGAAACGCAUGUGGCCUACCAUGACACCUUUACGCCAGUUUCCUACCUGUCCUCGUGACAUUGUGCAGAAAGCAGAGCGCAUCGAUGUCCCUUGGUCCAGUUACUUUGACCUUGAUCCUCCCCACAUGGGCGAACUCAUGGGUUUGCCUCGUGCAGGAAGGACUGUCUGUUCGUUGGUUGAGAAGUUUCCUCGCCUGGAGAUCCAGCCUAAUUUCCAGCCAAUGACUCGUUCUAUGCUUCGCUUUGAACUCACGAUCACACCCAACUUCGUGUGGGAUGAGAUGCUACAUGGGAACGCGGAGAGUUUCUGGAUCAUGGUCGAAGACUGCGACGGAGAGGAAAUUCUCUUCCACGACCAGUUUUUGCUCCGCCGUGAGUAUGCUCAGUCCGAGCCGGCCGACCACUUGGUCGAAUUCACCGUUCCCAUUACCGAGCCAAUGCCACCCCACUACUUCAUCACAGUGGUGUCGGAUAGGUGGAUGCACUCUGAGACUAAGACAGCCGUCUCUCUCCAAACACUUAUCCUUCCCGAAAAAUUCCCGCCUCACACCCAACUCCUCGACUUGCAGCCGUUGCCUGUCGCUGCGCUUAAGAGGCAAGACUAUGUCGACCUGUAUCCGAAUUGGACGCGGUUCAACAAGGUCCAGACACAGACGUUCAAUGCGCUCUAUCAGACUGAUGACAACGUCUUCGUUGGCGCAUCCACUGGUAUGGGCAAAACUAUUUGCGCCGAGUUUGCCCUCCUGCGUCAUUGGGCGAAGGGUGAGAGCGGACGGGCUGUCUAUGUUGCACCCUUCCAAGAGCUUGUGAACAUUAAGCUCAAGGAGUGGCAGCAGCGUUUAGCCAAGACCGCUGGCGGCAAGGAAAUCGUCAAGCUUACUGGUGAUACAACUUCGGAUCUCAGGCUGCUCGAGGCUGGUGAUCUUAUCCUUGCUACCCCUACCCAGUGGGAUGUCAUCUCACGGCAAUGGCAGCGUCGCAAGAAUGUGCAAAGCGUCAAACUCUUCAUCGCCGACGACUUACAUAUGCUUGGAGGUGUAAGCGGACACAUAUACGAGACCAUUGUGUCUCGCAUGCACGCCAUGACCCUUCAACUUGAGUCUGAAAUGCGCAUCGUCGGCCUCAGCGUCUCACUUUCUAAUGCUCGCGAUAUCGGGGAGUGGAUUGGGGCCACCAAGCACACCAUCUUCAACUUCAGCCCUCAUGUCCGCGCUGUGCCGCUCGAACUGCACAUCCAGUCGUUUACAAUUCCCCACUUCCCCUCCCUCAUGCUUGCUAUGGCGAAGCCGGCCUAUCAAGCCGUUUUACAGAUGUCGCCGGACAAGCCAGCUAUAAUUUUCGUCCCAAGCAGAAAGCAGGUCAGAGCAACCGCUUUGGACUUGCUUGCCGCCUGUGUGGCGGACGAUGAUGAGGACCGCUUCCUGCACGCAUCGAUUGAAGACAUGCAGCCUGUGCUGGAGAGGAUCAACGAACCAGCUCUUGCAGAAUCUCUCUCCCACGGUAUUGGAUAUUUCCACGAGGCCUUGGGUGCAUUUGACAAGAGGGCUGUUGAGCACUUCUUCCGCGUAGGCGCCAUUCAGGUGCUCCUGGUCUCUCGUGACUGCUGCUGGGAAAUUAACGCAAAUGCCCAUCUUGUCAUUGUUAUGAACACACAGUUCUUUGAGGGUAGGGAGCACAGAUACAUCGACUAUCCCAUUAGCGAGGUUCUGCAGAUGUUCGGUAAGUCAGGAAGAGCUGGCCAAGACAAGAGCAGCAAGGGUCUUCUCAUGCUGCCUGCCGUCAAGCGUGACUACUACAAGAAGUUCCUCAAUGAGGCCCUUCCGAUCGAGAGUCACCUUCAUCACUACCUUCAGGACGCUUUCGUCUCGGAGAUCAGCACGCGCAUGAUCUCCUCCACACAGGAUGCCGUUGAUUGGUCCACAUACACCUACUUCUACCGCCGUUUGUUGGCAAACCCAAGCUACUACGGUCUAACAGAUACUUCGCACGAGGGUUUGAGCGCUCAUCUGUCUGAACUAGUGGAGACAGCCUUGAAGGAACUUGUGGAUGCCAAGAUUAUCGAGCUGGACGAAGAGGAUGAUAGCAUCACCCCUCUCAACCCUGCCAUGAUCGCGGCCUACUACAACAUCUCCCACCUUACCAUUCAGACCUUCCUGCUUUCCCUGAAUAGCCGUACGAAGCUCAAGGCUAUCCUGGAAAUCAUCACCUCGGCCGCCGAAUUCGAAGAUAUCCAAAUCCGCCGUCAUGAGGACCACGUUCUUCGGCGCAUUUACGACCGCCUGCCUGUCAAGAUGGCGGAGUCCAACUUCGAAUCGCCGCAUUUCAAAGCGUUCAUCCUUCUGCAGGCACACUUCUCGCGCAUGCAGCUCCCCGUCGAUCUCGUCAAGGACCAGGAGCUGAUCCUCAAGAAGGCCCUCAACCUCUUGAGCGCCUGUGUCGAUGUCCUAUCUUCGGAAGGUCAUCUCAACGCGACGAACGCCAUGGAGAUAUCUCAGAUGGUCGUGCAGGCCAUGUGGGACCGCGACUCGCCGCUCAAGCAGAUCCCGCACUUCGACGACAAGCUCGUCUCCGAAGCCAACGCCAUCGGCGUCAACGAGGUUCCCGAGUUCAUCGACGCCAUGGACCCGGACGCGCCAAACAACAAGGAGCUCGUCAAGCGGCUCGGCUUCGGCGGCGCGCAGAUGCAGGACGCGGCCAAGUUCGUCAACGAAUACUACCCCGACCUGUCCAUCGACUUCGAGGUUGAGGACCCCGACGAGAUUGCUUCGGGCAGCCCGGCGUACCUCAACGUCACUGUUACGCGGGAGAUUGACGAGGACGAGACGCCCAACACGGACGUGCAUGCGCCCUUCUUCCCGGCGGACAAGACGGAGAACUGGUGGCUGGUGGUUGGCGAGGAAAGCACCAGGAACCUGCUCGCCAUCAAGAGGGUUACGGUUGGCAGGGAGCUCAAGACGAAGCUCGAGUAUGUGGUGCCGACGCCUGGUGAGCAUGAGUUGACGCUCUUCCUCAUAAGCGACUCCUACUUGGGUGUGGAUCAGGCGCCGACUUUCACUGUCACGGCGGCUGAGGGUAUGGAGGAAGAUGAAGAAGAAGAGGAAGAUGAAGAAGAGUAAAUGGAUAGGGGAAGAAGGCUUGGGAUAAGUCGGGUUGAACUUCACGUAAUCUGAAUGCUCCAGAAGGCACCUCGGGGCGUUGUAGGCACAUUGGAAGGGUUGAUGUAGUAUCUUUGAAUUGACUUUAAGCAAGAAAGAGAUGACUGUCCUC